AUGCGUUUUCGGCGAGUUCUGGCUCCAUUGGCCGCCUCGCCACAUCGGUGGAAGACGCAGCGAUCACCGCGGGGCGAGGAGACGAUGGGUGAGGGCGGGGCCAUUGAGCCUGACACAUCGGAGGCUUGGGUAAGAAAUUACGUAGCGCGGGCUGUCCGUGAGGGCCGACAAACAAAAGAGUCGGCAGAAUACUUUGAAAGUAUCAUGAACGACCAAGUGGAGUUCCGUCAGUACAUCCAGGAGGCGCGUCGUCUUUUGAACAAUCAAGACCCACGCACGCUUACCAAAUACCAGCGGGGACACUUUGCAGAGCGAUUAUCAAGGCAGAUGAGCGGGGUUGCGGCGGAGCGACUGAUGCGGGCUCACGCGGAGGAGUCAAAUGCACGGCGCCACACUCAAGAUGGCACGCCCACGGGUGAGAAUUAUUGGUUUGAGGCUGGAAACACGCUGGCCUCACCAUCCGUUCCAGGGUUUGUGAAGGAUGAGGUGAUGCGGGAGAUGCGUGAGGACCGAAAGAAAACGAGUGCAGCUUUUGAAGAAUCAGAGGAGCUGCAGGCGAUGGCGGACAAGGACGAGGCAUUCGCAGAACACCUGCGGCGACAACGCCAGCACCUGUUCCGCUCUAACGACGAUGUGAAUUGA